AUGUCAUUAUUCAGCGCUCAUUGGAAUCGAGGAGAAGAAAGGACAAAGGCCAAGAGUUAUUUUACCUUGUUGGGGCAGCGAACUGGAAACGAUGAACAGGGGACGACUCCACCACUACGAACAGGGGCAGAAACGGAAUUCUCCUCCGAAUUCAAAGUUCAAAAUCCUUCUUCCAGAAACAGGGAGCAGCUGGGACGAGAUUUUCUCCAAAAUUCCAGAAAAUCCGGACAAGGCAGCAGGCUAGAACGAGUUGGUGAGGGCAGACGCUUGCUUUUCUGUGGAUUCUGCCGAAUUGCUGCUACUACUUUGACAUUUUUGAAUGCUGGAGAAGAAGGAGAACGUGGGGGGUCAUUGGUUACUGCUGUACGAAUUACAGUUGAAGAAAAAGGGAUGGCACACUCCAUUGAGAUGGCCUUAAUCGAGGAUCAAAUUCCACUAUUUCCUCAAACCAAAAAAGAUGAGUUGUUACAGAUAGAAGAAGGAAGUGAAGUGGAUUAUUCAAUCGACAUAGAGGAAACAAAUAAUGGUGAAGAUCCAUUAGGGUCGCAAACAAAGAAAUCUCUAAAUGAAAGAAUUAAGAAUUUGAACAAGUCGUCUAACAAAAUAUUCACUACCAUAUUCAAGGUGACUGUGGGGUUGAGUGAAUCAAAUCCAGAUGCUUAUAAGCCAAAAUUGCUCUCCAUUGGUCCUUACCAUAAACACGAUUCUAAACUUGGCUCGAUGGAAAAAUAUAAGUUGUGUUACCUACAACGGUUUCUUAAGCGAAAAGGGGGGAUUCAUGAUGUGGAAAGUUGUAUUAGUGAAAUGGAUAAACUAAAAGAUGAUGCACUUAAGUGUUAUGAUGAUAUAGGGGGGAUUGAUAUGUCUAUUGUUGUAAAUUUUUCAGAAAUGUUAUUGCUUGAUGGUUGUUUUGUGGUUGAGUAUAUUCGAGAGCAUUGUGAAUUCAUUCUUGAUUGUGAAUCCAUUUCAAUUGAAGAAGACCGGAUUAUCAAGAGACGUUGCAUAAGAAAUCAACUAAAUCGAGACUUGUUGUUAAUAGAAAAUCAACUUCCUUUCUUUGUCCUAACCAAGCUUUAUGAAAUGUCAAAGGAGGAAGGCGAAGAAACAUUGUUAGAGAUGGUGAAGUGGACAUUUUCUCUUGAUAAAUCCUCUAUAGAGACCGAAGGUAAUGAAAAAAAUUUCAAACACUUAUUUCAUGUAGUACACAUGUGCAUGUCAUGUCGACCUUCAAAGUCAAAAAAUAGACCUAGCAAUAUGGCAGAUUGCCGUAGAAGCUUAUUUGGAAUCCAGUCAAAAAUAGUCCGGAGGAGGAGAAGGAGAAAUAGGGACGAGUACAUGAUGUGGCAUAAGGUCAUGCCAAAUGCAACAGAGCUUUCUGAAGCUGGAGUUAGCUUCGCAAAUGUUGGAAAUAUUUUUAUGAGGUCAUUGGAUAAAGUCUAUGACGAUGAUCUUGGGGAUAGCACAAGUUUAUUUGAUAUAAAGUUUGACAAUGGAUUGAUGACAAUCCCUUGUUUUCGAGUUGUAGAUGACACAGAAACCCUCAUGCGAAAUCUCAUUGCUUACGAACAACAGUCUUCUGAUGUAUGUCUUAAAUAUUUCAGUGAUUUUGUAGUUUUCAUGGAUUAUCUUAUUGACUCGGACAAAGAUGUGAGUUUGCUUCGUAUGAAUGGAAUCAUUGUAAACAAGAUAGGAGAGGACAACGAAGUGGCUAGCGUCUUUAACAAAAUGGGGAAAGGGGUCGUAGUUUCAGAUGACUUCUAUUAUGAAGAAGAAUGCAGAAAAGCAGUUAAACAUUGUGAACAAUCAUGGAAUAGAAUGAAGGCAAAUUUGAGGCACAAUUACUUCAAUAGUCCUUGGGCAGGAAUUUCAACUGUGGCAGCUAUCAUACUCCUCUUACUCACAGCUACACAGACUGUUCUAGCUUUCAUAAGUGUUUUUAAGUAG